AUGUUCAGCUCAUCGGCGUAUGGCCACCACCAGGGCCAUCAGCCUACGCCGCUUGAUCCUAAGGCUCGUGAGUUCGCUCCAGUCGGCGGGCAAGCAUGUGACCCCGUUCAGGAUGCCACGUUCAUCACGCGCACUAUUCCAGACAUUCCACCCGGAAGCCACGUUAUCGGACUCUGUACCGUGCCCCUCGAGCGAGCAGGUAUGGAUAAUCUUGGUUGGCAUAUUGUAGACUUCUUGGCGUUUAAAUACCUUCUUCACGAUGAGGUAAAUCCUGGAUCACAAGAUUGGCUGGCUCAUUGCGAUAUUGUCGGCAUAGUCAACAACAAUCCCGAUCUCUACGUUCACGGCAAGGAGCGCCGAAUUGUCCUUGGAGCCGAAGGAACUGGCUACCAAGGAACAUAUUAUUCUCACGGCGCCGAUUUGAAGGUCCAGACAGAUCGCCAGAAGCUAAUGGCGGAUUUCCUCAUUGCUUGUUCCGUCAAGGCGCAUUUAUCUAAGCAGUCAGGUACUCCUCUGAUUAUUAUAGUCUGUGGCCCGAGUACCAUUGAGCAGGACGUCUUCUUCGGCGAGACCAAUCCAGUCCAUCAUUUGAAGAGUCAAUCCAUAUGCCAUGCGAUUGGUGGAGAUGUCGAGGCCAUUAUGGUAACACCCUCCAUGUUCUCUGCUGGGUGGCAGGUAAAUCCAUCCUUCACCCAAUCUCCGUGUCAGGUGCGCGCCGAUCGCAACGAAUUCCUCGCAAGGCAAUUCGGCGGCGUUUUUACAAGGUCCCAUAUGAGACACUUCGUAGGGUUAGCCUGUCCUUUACUCGGCGGUGAUGGUAUGAAUAUGAAAGAGGUAAAACAGAAGUUUUCCAAUCCUUUCAUACUUUCUGAUGAGCAGAGAGAGUUUCUUGCAGAUUUAAAGGUGGCCAUCCACCGUUCUCUUACUGGCCGAUUGUCUGCUGAGAACGGCAAUCAUUCCUUUAACUUUGAGACCGAACAUGACGAUUGGGAGAAACUAAUUGGUCCUCGCAAGUACCUUUCACUAGAGGAUUAUCGCAAGAAGUGGAAGAAGCUCGAAGUAAGCACUCGAAUCGUAGAUUGCGAGCGCUUCAAAUUCUUCGGGGAUGCGUUUGGCGGUAACAAGAACUCGCAGAUUGUUCACCUGAAACACCUCACCAAGGAGGCAUUCGAGGCUUGGCCUGCAUAUUGGGACUUGCCGGCUAGCAAUGAAGCUAAGACAGUACUUAAGAAACUCCUCGAUGAUAAGGAUGUUGAUGAGAACUUUUGCCAUGAGAUCUUCACCGUUGCUGAACAUCGCGCUACGUUAACCGUCCUCGGAGAUAUCACCAUUCGCUCCCUGGAUAUUCCACAACCGACUGAAGAUCGAAGCAGAGAUUGGAACGAGAAGAUCGACUUUCAAGUUGUUGCUGCACCAUAUAACGAGAUCAUAUGCUGGAUCCCUGAUGUUUUUGUGCCUCCUGGAGUUAACCCGGAUCCUCUUCGGGCCAUUCAGAAGUACUUCGACUACCCGGUCUUCUAUUUAGCCCUAGCCGUCGUACGCUACCAAAAUCUCAUUGGUGGGAGCGUGGGUCCGAUUACAGAACGCAUCCAUGGCCUUCUCAAAGCUGCAAAAUCUCGACAGAUUGAACUACUCUGUAGCGUUCCUGAGGUUCAGCAGAAGUGCAUAGUAUGGCUCAAGGCCAUAAACAUGCCCAUCCGUGGUCUGGAGGAGAGUUCUGCUGCCGUGAGUCAACUUGAGGCACCAACGCAAGCCGCAAUCGAAAGUGACGAGACUUUGAUCCAUGAUGCUCAACCCCAAUCACUCGCAGAGCUACAAGGCACCCUAAUACGUGAUAUGGUAGAUGGACAGAUGAUCGCAGGCCUAUCUACCGAGAAGAAGACUGAGGCGGAGAUCGAGGAUUACCUCGAUAAGAACUCUGGUGCACGGGAAGCGGUAGAUUUUUUACUUGAGAAGGAUUGCAACGAAUCAAUGCAGUCUCUUAUCGGGGGCCAAAGGAGACUAUGCAAGUCAUUGCAAAAAGCGCCCAAUGAUGAUUAUUUGUUGUCAAUGAAACGAGACCUUGAUUACGUUUCUCAAAAGAUUCUCAACAAGCUCGAGAAGCGCGAGCGCGUCAAUGCCCAGACGAACCUUCCACCCCAGCAGCAGGGACAACCGCCUGAGGAAUGGGUAGCCCCUCAUCUUCGACGCAAGGUCAGGAAUGUGGCUGAGACGAACAAGGAGAACAACCCAGGCAUGUCAUCUUACCAGGGUAGUAGCUCGCACAUGGAACCUGAAGGUGAUCAAUCAACGAGUAACCAGACGUCAGCUUUGGCUCCACGCAGCCCAGGAAAGAAGAACAGGCAGAGACUUGAUGUAGAGACCCUUAUGCGUCGUCACAAUCGUAACCACGGAGGGGGGUGCUAACGGUGAUGAAGGGGGUGGUGCUGGUGGAGUAGCCCCUUAGGUGUUCCAUAAGGUCAUGGCUUGGCUGGUCAAGUAACCUGAAGUACCCCUCUUGUUUGUGCGGGAAACGGGUCGUUGGCCUUCUAGGUUCGGUACGAAUGGGCAAUACCUACUAGGUAUAUACGCCAAUGCAAUUUUCUUUGGGCUUUGAGAAGACUUGUCAUCUCUAUC